GGCGCCCAGCGGUGCGAGCUGACCCGCUGCUUCGUCCGUGUGCUACGGCGAUCUAGAAGCCAUUCUAGUACACUGUACUUGUGCCGAAGCAACUAGAUUGGCAGAAGAGAGCAGGCUGCGUUGACGGGCAACGCCGGCGGACUGAUAGCUAGGACACGCGGGACGUUUGCGAGGUUGUCGCGACGAUACGUAGGCGCGGCAUGCAGUCCAUCGGGUCAGCUUUGAUGGCAAAUGGCGUGUCGCUCCUGCUGGGCCUGGGUUCGGGGCUGACCCUGGGCUGGUUGCUGGGCGCGAAGUUUGGACUUCGCAGCGGCCUUUCGAAGCUCUUGAGUUGCACCAGCGGAGUGAUGAUCCGGGACGUCGGCGAGAGUAGCGGCGACGACAGCAGUGAAUUUAAGCUGGUGCUGGUGGUGCGUGCCGACAUCAAGAUGGAGAAGGGCAAGGCGGCUGCCCAGUGUUCGCAUGCAGCUGUGCUUGCUUACAAGCAGGCGCAGAGGGACGCACCCAGGGCGUUGCGCCAGUGGGAGCGCCAGGGGCAAAGGAAGGUGGUGCUUCGGGCAUCAACGGAGAAUGAGAUGCUCUCGUUGGCGAGCCAAGCACGUGCCAAGGGUCUCAUCACAAGCCUGGUACGGGAUGCUGGUCGCACACAACUGGCACCUGGCACUCGCACCGUGCUCGGGGUAGGACCAGCGCCCGAGCAGCUAGUUGACUCCGUGACCGGACAUCUUAAGCUCUAUUGACAUUCCGCUCUCUUCUGAGGCUCGUGUGCUCAUGCUCAAGGACAGUUCUGAAAUGUGUGGAGCUUUUUUGUCGUCCAGCAGCCUUGGAAGUCCAUCCUGAUGCUUGUGCCCCCCACAAUACUUGCCCUGAGUGUAGUUUUGUGCUCGUGCAAUUGACAUACAGAGACACACACACACACUUCGCGUUGCAAGCCGUGGUCAAUUUGCAACUUUCACUUGAAUUGAUGGAAGCGGGGCAGCUUCAGCUCAAGGGACGGUCAUGCACCAACCAGAAGAAAUGGGGCAUUGCCCCAUGUGUUCAACCAAAGACACACUGAUGUGGUGGUAAUGGUGGAGUGCACAGACUUCCUUGAUGUGGCACACAGUGCAACCAUUAAUUAUGUUCACUUGCUCUCAAGGCUUCCACCCAAAAUUUUCUCAGAUGUUAGAUCAAAGAUGAAGUUUCAAGAUGGAAAGGCUGUGCUACCAAAACUUAGGCAUCUUGGGUUUGUGUCAUCAUUUCACAGGGGCUGAGAGAAAAGGCUAGAAAUACCAUAUCCUUGUUCAUUUCAUAGGUUCUUUUCUUGCUUUGUGGAAUGAACUAAUAUACAAGGAAAUAUACACUGAAUCAAUGUUUUCAAAAAAAAAAAAAAGCCACUAAUAACACACAUGCAGUGUUCCCACCUAAGGUUAGGCCAUAUAAAUGUCAUCCUCUUUCAAAUCUUCUUCGUAAUAAAGAAGUACAGAGUACUUGUGGGUAUAAGUUCAGUUUCCACUCCUUACAAAAACAGUGAAUUCAGCAAGGUGGUUGCAGUUCUUGUUUGGGGCCUGGGCCUAGCCAAAAUACUAUUUUUUGAGGCGUUUGUCUAUACCACCGUGUAUUUCAGGGGUGGAACAGCUGCAUCAUUUUCGCCAUUGUGUGCCAAACUUGUUUUCCUGCGCCAAAUCACCCCUGGUGCACCGUAGCAGCAGAAUUUAGCCGUAAGAUGUCCAAGUCAUCAGGCGUCGUGCUGGAAAGCAUAAUUAAAUGUCGUCUUUGUGGUUUUAUCGAAACGAUUAUAGUUUCGGUUUCAUAAAGGCUGUGAUCGCUUCAGCAGCAGCACUGAACACUGAUUCUAAGGGCACGGUCGCGAUGUGGCAGGCAUCAGUGCGAAUGGCUCAUGAAGCCAUCUGCAUGCUCUACGUGCUACGCUCUCAAUGGGAAGAGACUGCAAGAAGAGUAUCUCUCCUGGUGCGGCUGUUCUUUCUUACACCAGUGUUUUGUAGAGUUACGUGAUAUCGGAUCUGAAAGAGUGCCAAUAAUACAAUAUGUUGCUAUCCCAUUUAUUGCUUCGCUUUUUUGGUGAAACUGUUUUCUUUACUUUAAUGGCAGUAGCAUUGCUUAAAAGAAGUGGGGAUAGUGUCGAGUUCCCUGAACAGCCUAGCCAAGACAGGUGCACAUGACUGCUAAAGAGUGCAUGCGUGUAUUCUCGUUCAUUUGACCGCUGUGCUUCGCACUUAUUGACUGUGCGGUUGACACUUGCGCGUUAAGGUUAAAAAAAAAUGGGCUGCUAUACACAACUAAAAAAGUCACACGGGCACCAUAAAGGCGAAGAAAUGAAUGCAAUAGCAGCAAAUUGUAAUAUACAAAGCAAGGCUGGCAGCUAAUUGUUUUCUAUCCCAUCUCAUGCAACUGUAAAAAACGCUAGCGUACAAAAACGGUGGUGUACAAGAAAAGGCCACCUCAAGGAGAUGAAAAAUUUUCGUGAAGCGCUGGUUAGACUCGCUCACCACAGCUGAGGUCGGCAAACUGCUGCGAAAACUUGUGUUAUGUUCAAGAAAGCCUCAUCAUUGACGUGUCCGACGGCUUCGUUAAUGAAGCGGCGGGUCAACUCAAGCACGUGCAGUUGGAUGAAAUGGGCCUCCCCAAACGUCUUUGACUCCACUUUCACCCUCAAGCAACAGGCAACAUUGCUCGCAUCAAGUCCAAGACUACUCGAGAAGUCACUGGCCCUGUUGUGCCUGUCGAUUCCGUGACCAUCGAACUCGCACCUCCACUAUCACUUUGGACAAAGAAACAGGUGUUUCUUGCCAUCGCAAGCAAUUCCUUGUAAUGAAAGAGAGUGCUGUAACCAUACACAAAUCCCAGGGGGAAACAUACAGCCAGUUGGUGUGCGAACACCACAAACGCCACUUUUCAGAAGCUCGUUUACGUUGCUUUGAAGCGGGGCCACCACACUGGACGGAGUGUUCUUAACAAACGCAGGACAGGACUUUACCUUUUACCAUGGUAGAGAGAAUCCGGAUCGGGCAUUGUCGGACAAAUUUCGUCGGUUAGAAAGUCAUCAAAUUAGUACAAUCACCGCCAAAUGCUUCGCCAUCCUCCAGUCACCGCACAGAUUAGCAAUUUGCAACGUCAAAGUAUGCUUGUUGCUCGCUCACGCUGUCGAUGUCACCUACAGCCACGUUAUCCAUGAGGUACCUUUGCUAUGCUUCACAGAGAUGUGGAUAGACACUGUUGUCAAAUUGCCAGGAUACAAGUGCGUCAGCCUUGCAAUACAUUAACGCCGUCGAGCUGCUACAGGGGUAGUUUACGAACGCCUGGACGAGAUCACACUUUUACCACACAACACUCCCUAUCUAUUCAACUCGCUGCCGCAUAUGAGUUGGGGGGAUGCGUGGGCUGUGAAAACAUCGCAGGGCUUCGUCGUCGCAGUAGUCUACAUCUCCCCAGGAACCUCGCGAAACGACGUCAUUAACUUCUUGCAUCACAACUUCUCUGCAAUGUGCGAAGAGGAAUGUGCCGGUGAUCGUCACUGGGAACUUCCGGCGUUUCUUGAUGCUGAACUUGGACUUCAUCUCCUUUCCGACAUCACCCAGUCAACUACAUGCAACAACUGCUGUUUAGAUCUUGUGUUUGGAAAGGGUAUCGCGUCACGAGUGCAGUGCGUGCCAUUGCCAACCUACUUCAGUGACCACAAGACGGUGAUCACGGUCAUCGAGUGAACUGCUUCAUUUAUAUUCACCUGUGUUUCUAUCAAAUAUUGUAUUUCAUUUGCUUUAUGCACGUUAUUAAACAUGUCGUUUGUUUGCUCAUG